GGGCUGCGACAGCUGUCUUCAGAGCGGCAGUCGCUGUCGCGUGCCAUUUGGCAGACUCAGUUUUGGGCAGCCCAAACCCCGCAGUUUUUCUGCCUCGCCGAGGCAUUCAUGGAUGGUGACGUGGUCCGCGGGCCGAAGCAGCCUUUCUUGAACUGCCUGAAGUGCGGGAUCACGUCGAACUGGGCGUGCCAGCUGCGAUGCCGAUGCGGAGUCAAAGCGCCAAAAGCGGUGCUCAAGCGUGCGCAGGGUUUCGCUAAUGGUGAUGGCGGCCGCGGGUCUGGGUCCAAACGCGAAGCAAGAUUGGAGAAACAGUUCGCCGAUUUCACCGGGAAUUUCGAGCAGCUCAUGGCGCCAGCACGUGCACCAGCCCAGCAGGGCGGCGGUGCGGGUGGCGCCGCUGGGGCCCUAGCGGACACCCGUGCGAGGACCCCCUUGCGCACAGAGGCGGCUCAGCUCGAGCAAACCAUCAGCGCAUGCAAUGGGGAGUCCGCUGCUGCCGCCAAGAAGUCGCUCGAGGAGCAGCUCAAGGAAGUGCGAGCGAAUAUCGAGGGCAGGAAACCUGACCUCACGCAGCACAGCAAUGUGGGGCACAGGCUCAAACGUUGCAAACACCACUUGUCCAAGAUCAGCGAGGACAUCGUUGCGUGCGGCAAGCGCCUGGAGCAGGCGCAGAAGGAGAAACAGGAUCUGGAGACGAAUCGUGCUGCCGCCGGGAAGGAAAUCGCAGAGCUUCAGCGACAGUUGGUGGCAUCCUUGCCUCUUGGCGGUUUGCGACGCUCUUCCGCACGCAAGCGCAGGUUCCUAGGCCUGGGGCUCCUGAUCGUGGCGAUGGUGAUGCCGAGGAAGGGUCAGGUGUCGACAAGCCUGUUCCCAUGGAUGGUGAGUUCGAUUGCAUGUUUGUCGACGAAGAUGCGGCGGACAGUUUCUGUGAGAAUCACAAUGGCGACGAGCGUGCGAUCGUGGAGGCCCUUUGGGGCCACGGCCAAGCGACCCAAAACGUCGCUUCGUUGAUGAUCAUGAUGUUCAGGACGAGAGCGCCAGUACCGACUUGUGUGAUCAUGGCGGGGGAAGACAUUGUAUUCCAGGCGCGGGCUGUUACCUCUUCGAGCCUUGAAGGUCCGUGCGUUGGCCUGCUGAUUACUCUUAUCGGGACAUGCAAGCAGGAUGGUUUCUGAUCAAGAACGGAGACACACUGAAGAAACGAUUCGCUUCAAUUACAACCCUAGUGGUGCUUGCGCAAAAGAUAUGAGUGGAUGCCGAACUGUGGGGAGAUCGCGUCAGCAGCGCCAAGAUUCUCGGAUGGAAUGUGUUGUGUAUACAGUCCGUCGCUUGUGCCAAUGGACAAACGUCCGCAGGAGUUGCCACCUUUACCAGAGUCACAGUUGGGUUGGGGUGGCCUGGUCAUGUUGCGUAUGGCAUAGCAGUACCUCGCAUAUUGCUGUUUGUGUUAUUUGAUUUACCAGGCUGGCCAUCGCUGCUCGUUGGAAGUGCGUAUCUGCAUACGGGGGGAAGGUUUAAGCCAGCGCAACUUGCACGUUUUACAGAUGACGGGACAGGUGAUGGAAGGGAGGCACCUCGCGUUGCGUGGAGUUGAUUGGAACUCCGGCUCAGCCUGCCUCGAGAUGUCCGGCAUGCCGCCCAAGGCUGGCAUGCUCAUCCUACAGCCUGAGAUGGAGACUUGCGUGAUCCCGCAUGCCAACACCACGAUCAAGAAUUUCGUGGCCCCGUCGGUCUUCUGCUAGCUGGUGCAGCAGGUUGCCGAGAAUUUCUUCUCGGGGCAAGAGGCCCCGCCGCUCUGUCCAGCUUCGCCUCGGGCCUGGGGCGGUGAAGUUGCGCCAGCUUUUGCGCGCCAGCCACCAGAGGCUCCCGACGGACCUCCCCUUUGCCCCCUCUCGGGGAC